GCACAAUUCUUCCGAGUCCCUGGCGUCCCCGGAAACUUCAACACUGGAGGAGAUGGGGCGAAAGGAGGAAGAGGAUGAUUGCAGUUCCUGGAAGAAACAGACCACCAACAUCCGGAAAACGUUCAUCUUCAUGGAAGUGCUUGGAUCAGGAGCUUUUUCAGAAGUGUUCCUGGUGAAACAGAGGGUGACCGGGAAGCUCUUUGCUCUGAAGUGCAUCAAGAAGUCACCUGCCUUCCGGGACAGCAGCCUGGAGAACGAGAUUGCUGUGUUGAAAAGGAUCAAACAUGAAAACAUUGUGACCUUGGAGGACAUCUACGAGAGCACCACGCACUACUACCUGGUCAUGCAGCUCGUUUCUGGAGGGGAGCUCUUCGACCGGAUCCUGGAACGAGGCGUCUACACAGAGAAGGAUGCCAGCCUGGUGAUCCAGCAGGUCUUGUCAGCAGUGAAGUACCUUCAUGAGAAUGGCAUCGUCCACAGAGACUUAAAGCCUGAGAACCUUCUAUACCUCACCCCGGAAGAGAAUUCAAAGAUCAUGAUCACAGACUUUGGUCUGUCAAAGAUGGAGCAGAGUGGCGUCAUGUCCACGGCCUGUGGGACCCCUGGCUAUGUGGCUCCGGAAGUGCUGGCCCAGAAACCCUACAGCAAGGCUGUGGAUUGCUGGUCCAUUGGCGUCAUCACCUACAUAUUGCUGUGUGGGUACCCUCCUUUCUAUGAAGAAACCGAGUCUAAGCUUUUUGAGAAGAUCAAAGAAGGCUACUAUGAGUUUGAGUCUCCAUUCUGGGAUGACAUUUCUGAGUCAGCUAAAGAUUUCAUUUGCCACUUGCUAGAAAAGGACCCAAACGAGCGGUACACCUGUGACAAGGCCUUGAGGCACCCCUGGAUCGAUGGGAACACGGCCCUCCACCGGGACAUUUACCCAUCCGUCAGCCUCCAGAUCCAAAAGAACUUUGCCAAGAGCAAGUGGAGGCAAGCCUUCAAUGCGGCAGCCGUGGUACACCACAUGAGGAAGCUACACAUGAGCCUGCACAGCCCCGGUGCCCGCCCAGAGGUGGAGAACAGGCCUCCGGCGCCCCCAGCCUCGGAAGACUCUAGAGCCAGCUCCCCUGAGAUCACCAUCACAGAAGCCCCCGUCCUGGAUCCCAGCGAGUCCUUCUCUGCAUUACCCAGGAUGCCCUGCCAGAAAGGCCUCCAGCCCGCCGCCCCCGGGGGCAGGUCCCUCAACUGCCUGGUCAAUGGCUCCCUGCGUAUCAGCAGCAGCCUGGUGCCCAUGCAUCAGGGGCCUCUGGCCACAGGCCCCUGUGGCUGCUGUUCAAGCUGCCUGAGUAUUGGGAACAAAGGAAAGUCCUCCUACUGCUCCGAGCCCACGCUCCUCAAAAAGGCCAACAAAAAACAGAACUUCAAAUCAGAGGUCAUGGUGCCAGUUAAAAAUGGAGGUAGCUCCCACUGCCGGACAGGGCAGACUGGGGUCUGUCUCAUUAUGUGAUCGCGGGAGCUCGUGUCUGUGUCUCUGCAGUUUUUCAGGAGACAUGUCCGACUCUUCUCUGCCCUUCCAACCCUGGCAUCUACCCUGAAGAGGGAGGAUGGGGAGCCAUGGAGCAGGGCGUGGCAGGAGCGGGUUCUGGUCAGAAGCAGCAGCCUGAUGUCACCUGGGUCAGAUGUUCACAGAAGUGUGGGAGGAAGCCCCAAAGCCUGGAGGGUCCUUGAAGCUAUGGGCAGGAGGAAAAGCAGCUGCUGGUUUCCAGGUCUCCCUGACCUGCCUGUUCUAUGACCCUAUACCCUACGUGUGUCGUGGCUCCAUGCAGUGUCUGUAGAUAGCGCUCACCUGGGUCUGUGUUGUUUGUUGUGAAAAGCUUAGUGGGCUGGCCAGGCUGCACCACCUUCUCCAAGCAAAGCCAUAUGGAGGCCUCUACUCAAGACCCCCCGCUCUGCACACACUCAAUCCUGCCUCUCUGGCCUCGGGCCUCUUGGCCAGACUGAACCCACUAUUGUAGUUGCCUGUCCUUCUGCAUGAACGCUAGGCAGCUUCUGGGAUCUGCCUGGAAAAGCUCACAGCUCUAAUCCUUCCUCCAGGAUUAGUUCCCAACUGCACCAAGACCCAGCCAGCCCAUUCCCAGAACACUGUGGAUCCCUCCUCCCUGCUGCAACCCCAAAGCGGUGUCACAACCUCCAAGGUGGAAAUAGAAGGAAAUCCAUAACUAGGGACCAUCAGGACUUCUUAUUGUGACCACACGGUCCUCCUCACCCCUUAAUUAAUUAUACUAGAGACUAUUUUCAUUCCAGCCAGGAAUUCUACUCCUGUCUCGGCCUCCCUUCCCACACCCCACUGAAGGUCAAGUUCAUCGCUCUUGUCCUUCCCUGUGUUCCUACCCUCACCUUCUCCUUCUCCGGCUUCCUGCUCAGUGUUGUGAUCAAUAAAAUGGACAUAUUUUUCUCUA